AUACACCAGUUCCCAGCUCCCCUACACCUCCUGUUCUUCUCACAUAUUGGAAAGGUUGCACUAUAUUAAUUCAGUUUUGUAUUUAUCAUGUUUUUAAUACAAUGUUAUGUUUUAGAUGCCCAGGACAUAUCUGCAAAUCCUGGAGCCAACAGGACAGGACAGCUACGGGAUGAAUUAUACCGGUUGGCACCGUAAAGAACAACUGGAUGUGUCCGUGACCAUCGUAAAGGACAUAGAGAAGAGAAAAGACAUCCUUCAAGAAGUGGAAGUCCUUGAACUUAUCAGAGGCCACGAAAAUGUCAUUGGCUACUAUGGGGCUUAUUACCAACGUGCCUCUGUAAAGAAGCCCCACUAUGAAGGACUGUGGAUUUCUAUGGAGCGUUGGAAUGGUGUAGCGGUGGAAGAUCUAAUCUACACCAGUGAGCAGUACUCCUUGCAUGAAAGCUGGAUAGCGUACAUCUGCAAGGAGGUAUUAAAGGGCCUGUGUCAUCUGGAAAACAAAAAGGUCAUCCAUCACGACCUGCGGCCCCAGAACAUUAUCCUGACAACAUCGGCAGAUGUAAAGAUCAGUGAUUUCAGCUCCGCCACCAUCGGGGAAAUGAGUCACAGCACGUCUGGGCGGAUUCCAUACCUGGCGCCAGAAGUACUGGCCAAUUUUGGCAAGAAGACCAUAUGGUAUAACUCUAAGGCUGACAUAUGGUCCUUGGGAAUAUCAGCACUUCAAAUGGCGGAAGGCUAUUACCCAUUCAGCAGAUUUCCCCAGCAAAAACUCAUGAAACGCAUCAUGCAUGGACCUGCGCCAGUAUUAUUGUGGGACAAAUGGUGA